UAAUAUGUCAAGUGAUUUUUUUGCUAGUGUUACAUCGUCGUCGUUACGCUUCGUCACAGUUUCAACUGAACCUCCAAAAGUCCAUCAGCAGAGUAGAAUUCGGAAAUCCGCCGGUAGUUGCCCCAAAGGAGCCCAGGAAGGAAAGACAUUCAAGGAUGGCAGCAGCAAAUCGAGCCACCAGACCUCUUGGUUAUUAUGCGCCGAUGAUCCCACCGUUGGUGCCAUCUCUCGUCGUCGCAUGCAUCAAGGAAAUAGAGAAGCGUGGUAUGACGGAGGAUGAUUUGUACCAGGAGGACGGCGACCCUCGCCUAGCUCAAUUAUUCGUCAAACGAUACCUGCAGACUAAAAAAUUGAACGACUUGAGUGAAAUCGACGUUCCCACGGUAACGCUGGUGCUGAGAAUAUUUUUGAGAUCGUUGGCCGAGCCUCUCGUUACUAAUGAACUUCGAGAAGAAUUUAUCCAUGCGUCUGUGGAACGAGACAGCGAAGAAAGGAAUAAACUACUGCUUCGAGUGAUACAGAAACUCCCACGAGCGAAUCGCGACACUCUUGCUUAUCUUAUGCGUCACUUACAACGAGUCGCCAUCUAUCUUGAUUCGCGAGUACUCAUCAAAGAUCUGGCCAUCAUUUUUGCACUCGCAGUGGUCGGUGGCAACGCCCAAGUUGGACGUCGCCUGCGAGAAACGGUUGUCGAGAGCUUGUUGCUACUCCAUCCGGAACAUUGGAAGCGCUUCCUCAGUCCCUACCAACCUCGGUUUGUUAGGAAUAUCAAAAAGGGAAUUCGGAACUACAUCGACGACAGGAAAAGUCAGGGGAACGGGGAACUCACCGCAUCGCCAUGGGUCCAGAAUCUUCCUGAGCGUCCGGCCUCUCGCUUCAGCAGGGUCCCCAAAAUGGUGCACCACUCUCUAAAGCGUCUCUUGCCGAAAAGACGGGGCACGAACGCGAGUAGCAGAAUCUACUGGGAUCCUCAGAGUGGUGUCGGACAGUGGAUUUAAUUUCGAUGCAAAUGUUCCACAGCGUCGCCUCGAGAUGCGACGUGAGAAUUCUUCGGACAGGAACUCGGUAAAUGAUAAAAUAUAAAUGAAAAAUAUGCCCGACUGUACGAGAAUGUUUUGAUUUUUUCUCUGUAAUAUCUCAUGUACUUGAGCAGGCACGAGAGAAUAAAAUAAAAAUGGACGUUGCCAUUAA